AAAUAUGAGACCAAAACAUUAUUUUAUCGUAAAAGUUAGUGAAAUGAGAAUGAUUUAUGUCUAUGUGUGUCGUAACUCAUAAAAUUACUCCAGCGCUACUGUGAGGAGGCUAAGCCGCGGCGCCCGACUGAACACCCCGCACCAGUUACCUCUGGCGUUAUGUGACGUAACCUGUCCAAUAUGCUUGGCGCUAAAAGGGUUAAGGUGAGAUCUCCCACUGGCUUUACCACAGGCCAGUAACUCUGAUGAGUGUACACCAGACCGCAAAAAUCCCUGUCAGGCCUGUGAAUCAAACCUGCAAUUUUAAUUAUUUGUUACUUAUAAAGAGAUAGUUAAUUGUUUUAAGUACAUGCACAUAAAACUUAUCUGCAUGUAAUAUCUUGCUACGAUGAUAUUAGAAGAUGUAUUUUUCAGGUGUAUGCCAAAACUAACAUGAACGCAUCCAAACCACAGCAUGGCAUAUCAGCUUUCAUUGUAGAAAAGGGAACUGAAGGGUUCUCAACUGCUCAGAAACUAGAGAAGCUCGGCAUGAGAGGCUCAAAUACAUGUGAGCUGGUAUUUGAAGAUGCAAAAAUACCAGCCUGUAACUUGCUGGGGGAGGAGAACAAGGGGGUGUAUGUGUUGUUCAGUGGUUUGGACUUGGAGAGACUGGUUUUAGCAGCAGGACCGAUUGGUAUUAUGCAGGCUUGUGUGGACACAACAUUUGAGUAUGUGCAUGUGAGAAAACAGUUUGAUCAGCCCAUUGGACAUUUUCAACUUCUACAGGGUAAAAUAGCAGACAUGUAUACCAGACUAAGUGCAUGUCGCAGUUAUCUCUACAGUGUGGCUCGAGCCUGUGACCAGGGCAGUAUCAACAGGAAAGAUUGCGCAGGAGUGCUCAUGUUUUGUGCAGAGUCUGCCACGCCUUUAGCGCUAGAUGCUAUCCAGUGUUUAGGAGGUAACGGAUACAUCAAUGACUACCCGACAGGCCGGCUGCUGCGUGACGCAAAGCUCUACGAGAUCGGAGCUGGCACCAGUGAAGUUAGAAGACUAGUCAUAGGUCGAGCAAUCAAUGCUGAGUAUGCACAGUAGCUUCAUUGAAAUACAAACCUCAAGUGUCAACUGAUGAAUGUUUAAAAUGAUGGGUCCAGAGCAGCUGUCAUGGAAAAUGAGAUCUUAAUUCUAGUCUUUUUGAUCAUUCCUCAGUAAUUAAGAAGGUAACAAAACAAAAUCAUUAUUUAGGGUAAUACUGUUAUACUAGGUGGUAGGUUUUUUCAUGUUUUUUUUACAUGAAGUAAUGGAGUAAAUAGAUUGCUUAAAAUUCUGAUUAUGUAAAAAUUUUAUAUGGGGUUCAGGUUAGAAUAUACAUUUUUUUACGUGGUUGUUUGUUUUUUGUUUUUGUUCCUGUUCUCAGUCUUCAGUGUAAUUUUCAGUCAUAGACACAGGAUCCAAAAUGUUCAUAUUAUGUUUUUUUAUUUAGCUACCUCAUUUGUAGUUUAUUAAUGUAAUAGUUUAAAUUUAAGUAUACAUACUACAAUUUGUCUAUAAUUGUCUCGACCUUGCUAAUUCUAAGCAAAAUAUUUGAAAGGUUGUUUUUUAUGAGAAUGGUCCUAUUUUUGAACAAACACAAUCAGCUCUCAAAUGACCAAUUUGGCCUCAGAAAGAGCAGCAAUUGUGGGUCUUGUUGAUAUAAUUGUAGAGGGAUUGGGAAGUCGAAAUCACACUUUAAGUGUGUUUCUCGAUUUAUCCAAAGUGAUAGAUUGUGUUGACUGCUUGUCAGACUGGAAUCUCAUGGCAUUCGAGGCAUACUUCUUACAUGGCGUAGUUCAUUUUUAAGUCAAAGAACUUAAGUUGUUCAAAUCUCUAAUCAUGUUUCCAAUUCUACAAAAAUGAGUUUUGGAGUCCCGCAAUGAUCCAUUCUCACUCCAAUUCUUUUCCUGCUUUAUAUCAAUGACAUUAAAUCAUCACUGCCACACGGGAAAAUCCUGCAGUAUACUGAUGAUAUGACUGCGUGAAAAGGCAUUUGUUGGAAUUAACAAUUGUGUUCCACAGCCACAUUUGUCAAUUUAAAGACAAAUUCUUCUAAACAUAAAGUUUUGAAUUUUGCUUUAAACUCAGUAGACUUUGAAUAUAGUCCCAGCGUCAUGUUAGCAGAUAUAAUACUUGAAGAAGUCUAUUCCUUGAAAUUUACCUUGAUCAGGGUUUGACAUGGAAUGUUCACAUCGAUGAAGUUUGCUCAAAAUUAGCCUCAGGCAUUUACGUUGUCUUUAGCCAAAUACUGCCAUAUCAAGUUCUGAUGACGGUGUAUUAUGGCUUGAUUUUUUCCCACUUCAUUUACAGAUUGGUAUUGUGGGGUACCUGUGUAAAUAAUCAAUUUUCAAGAGUGUUAAAAAUGGCAGAAGCAAGCGAUGUACACCAUUGCAAAAUUGAAGUUUAGAGAGUCGUGCAGGCCAGCUUUCAUAAGGUUGCAACUGUUAACGCUGCCUAGCCUCUGCAUUUUUGGAACAACAUUGUAUUGUAUGUCUAAAUGUGUCUUUACGAUGGACCGAGACAUUCAUUUGUACGAGACUAGAUAGGAAAGACAAUUACUGAACUGAGAAACACAGGAUGGUGGUUUAUGAACGUUUGCCUUCACAGGCAGGGGUUAAUUUUAUUAACAGAUUGCCUUAUGAAUUAAAAAUCCUCUACGCUCAAGGCACACACUCGUUUGAAACGCUGUUUAGUGUCCAAUACAUUUUAUAAUAUGAACAAGUUUCUGGCAUAUGACUAGGAGGCCACACAAUAAUAAGACUGACUCCCAUACAAAAUGGGAAACAUUGGUGAUGAAUGAAUGUGGAAUGAGUGGUUGAAUGUAUGUCUGAAUGAGAGCUCGAUGUCAUGUGUAUUUCCUAAUGUUAACAUGUUUUGACGUUUGCUAUACAAAUAUAUUUUGUCUCUGCAAUAAAUAAUUGACUAUUGAAUAUAUUCUAGGAGCCUAGAACAAUUUUGCACCAUACUGUGUAAGCACACAACCCGAAAAACAUGAAAUUGAUAGAGGAAAUAUUCUUAACCAAGAAGUUAAUUGUCAGCCAGGUUAAUUUUGGUGGUCAAAAUGGGAUGUUGAUAUGGGUUAAAAACAUAUGGAACGAUCGUGUUUUUUUAACCAAUUGUUAAGACACAUACAUAAUGUUUAUUUUACUAUUAGAUAACUUGAUAAAGAGACCCAGUCACCACUUUAAAGGUCUGUAUAUUGUUAGCUGAAGUUGAAUACCAGGUUGUGUGCUUAUAUUAUACAAAUUUGUUCUCGGCCCUUGGCUUAUAUUAGAAGACACAUAGUUUGUAUAAACACUUCCAGUUAGGUUUGCCAUAUAAGUUGUUAAGGUUAUUUUAUUUUCUUGCAAAGUAAAAAUCACCCAAGUGUACAUUCACCAAUAGGCAUAUCUGUACUGUUCUUUCAUUGAAUAAUAGAGAGAAAUAUUCAUAACUAAAUAAAAGUGUUACAAUAAGUCUAAAAACCAGCCUUAUAUCUGUACGAUUAGGCAUGUAACUUUUACAAAAUAAAUUGUACAAAAUGUUACUUAUGUAGAUUGGACGAAACGAAUUAAAGUGCCUAAUUAUUUAGCUUUGUGCAUUUUUAAAGCUUAAUGGGAACAUUCAUUAUUUUUAUAUUUAAUAUUAAAGAUAUUCACUUGUGACUACCAUCAAAGUAUUCCUGUUCAUACCAUGUUGAGAAAUUAUUAAUACAAGCUUUGGUUUAACAUCUGUUGUCUGAAAAUGGUUUUCCAAAGUUACACUGAAAUAGUUCAGGGAACUUAGGUGAUAAUUAUAAUACCAAACACCAGCUGUGUAAGCCACAGAACUGAGGUGUUCAAUUAUAUUUAGUCGUUAGUUGUUAAUAUUGCGAUAGUAUAAUAUAUUUUGUUUAUUUUAAUACAAAAUGUGAAAAAAUACAAUUUUAAUUGUACUGA